AUGGAGGCGGUCAUGGAGGUGGUCAUGGUGGCGGUCAUGGAGGCGGUCAUGGCGGCGGUCAUGGAGGCAGCUUCGCCUUUUCCUCAGCCAGCAGCUCAGCGGGCCACGGUGGACACUCGAGCGCCCAUUCCAGCGCUGCAAGCGGUGUCUUCGAUUACUGAAAAUCUGGAUUUGUCAACGUCUUUUCCACCUAACCAAAAUCAUUGUACAUUAAAUGAAAUCGUUAUUUAUUAA